GACAGUGAAGGUUUUGAACAUGGCCUCUUGUUGUACAUUCCCAAGAAAGAGGAGACCAAAGAUGGAGAUAAAUAAAUACAUUCCUUCCCUCCUGCUUAGAUAUGAAGGAAGGUUUGGCGGCUCCAGCAAGGUCCUUCUCUUCUUCCACGGAAAUGCAGAGGAUAUUGGUCUCGCUGAAGACCUCCUACAUCAUCUUUCAGAGUCUCUCGAAGUUCAUAUAAUCGCAAUUGAGUACCCAGGUUAUGGAAUUUAUAGAGAUGAGAGCUCUAGUGAUGAGAUGAUCGAAAGCGAUGCUCUCUGAGUUUAUGAAUAUUUAGUUGAUGAUUUCGGUAUGCAAGAAAAAGAUAUCAUCUUGUUUGGAAGAUCUCUAGGAUCAGGCCCAGCUUCCUUUUUAGCUGCUAAAAAGAACCCAGGAAUGCUCAUCUUGAUGAGUCCUUUCACCUCAAUCAAGGAUGUAGCCGGAUCUCUCAUAGGAAAAUGGGUAAAAUUUGCGAUAAGUGAUGUAUUUAAAAACAAAGAUCAUAUGGAGAAUGUAACCUGUCCAACUUAUAUCCUCCACGGAGAGAAAGACACUCUAAUCCCGUACACUCAUGCUGAAGAACUGGCCUCAAAAUGCAAAGGAAUCACUGACCUUCAGAUUCCGUUCGAAAUGGACCACAAUACAUUCGACUUUUACGACCAUUUGAUUCAACCUUUGAUCUCAUUCAUGAUAAAGAACAACAUCUUGGUUCAUCCUACUGAAGACUAUUCCCACAAGUAUUAGGAAACUGGAAAUAUGCUGAACUAGAAUUGCCAGAAGAAAUCUUCGAAAUCCCUAGCUGGUACCGAGACCCAAAGAACCACAAGAGAAUGCAAAUUAAAAGCAGAGUCCGAGACAUCGCGACUAAAUUCCAAAACUAGUCUGUAAUAAUCUUCAAUUUUUUGC